UCGAGUCGACCUUUUCGUUCCAAAUGCGAGUUCUGUUGAUCUUGAUCCUCGUCAUUGGGAGCCGCUUCUGCGAUGCAAGUGGACGGGAAACUACGAGAGCUCCAACUACCACGACUACAAUGAGAGCUACAACUACCACGACUACUACGAGAGCUCCAACUACAACGACUACAACGAGAGCUCCAACUACAACGACUACAACGAGAGCUACAACUACCACGACUACAACGAGAGCUACAACUACAACGACUACAACGAAAGCUACAACUACCACGACUACUACGAGAGCUCCAACUACUACGACUACUACGAGAGCUCCAACUACCACGACUACAACGACUACCACGACUACUACGAGAGCUCCAACUACCACGACUACUAA